UACUCUUUCCUGUCUAUUGAUUGAUGUCUGCACUGAAGUGAAGUUGGCGUUACUGAGAAAUACUUCAAAGUUUUUCUUUCUAUUUUAUAAUCUUAUUAUGCACAAUACUACAAGAUAUUAAUAAUCAUGGAAGGAAUUUAUAAAAUUAAAAUAAUACCAAACGAUUUGAGUAUGGAAGAGACUGUUUUGCAAAUUGCCGACACCUUAGACAAUCUGAACGGAAUAGUUGAUGACAUAUUCACGCGUAUAUCGACUAGGAUAGAACUGAAUACAAACAAAACAAGAAAACUUCAAGAAAGAAUUGAUGCGUCUAGAACGAAGGUGGAGAAACUAGCCGGUAUGCAAAAGGCGAUCAAAGUGUUUUCCAGCGCGAAAUAUCCGUCGGCUAUAGUGUAUGAACAUUAUAAUUCUAUUUUCGAUACAAACGUCUACAAUUACGAAUCUAAAAAAGUAACUCUGAGUGGGAAAUCUCAGAGGCAGUCCAAUGAGACAGCAAUUCAGGAGAAACUUCAUUUCUUCCACGUGAAAGUCGUCGAACCAAAGGCGACUAAACCUAAACAAGAUUUCGAUCUCAAAGCUGUCAUCGACAAAGCUUCGACUGUGGGCGAUCUCCUGAUCUACAACACUGAUGAGAGUCCUUAUUUGGUUUUGCCGACCAAGGCGCCCGCUUACGUGCCCAGGGUCAAUACAAAUGUUGAAAAAGAAUUAUUGGAAGAGGCGCCUCCGUCCAUAAUUAACAAAAACCUUUUGAAGAGAGAAAUCGACGAGUAUAUGUACGCGCCAGGCAUGGGGAUGGUACCGGAACUAGACAUGCCCCUCGACCUGCCCCACCUGCCCGGAAUCGCCGGGGACGUACAAUUUACCAUCGCUGACGACGAUUCCAUCGCGCCGUCGGCCGUCACCUCACCGGUGGCUCCGGUCAACACGGUACCGGAGACGGAACUACCGGAGCUGCCGGAUCUGAACGAAUUGCCCGAGGUCAAGUUGGAUGCAACCCCGGAUAUACCGGACGCUCCUCCGGUUCCGCCAGCCCCGGUCGCCCCGACCGCCCCGCCCGCCCCUCCCGCGCCGGCCCUGCCCUCUCUCCCUCCACCACCGCCUCCACCACCGCCCGCGGACUUUGAAACACCGAAAAGUUCUAAAAGAGAGGAGCGCGUGCACGCCCCCGCCUCCGCCCCGGCCGGCGACGCGCACUCCAGCCUCAUGGCCGCGAUACGACAAGCCGGCGGAGUCGGGCGCGCCAAGCUCAAACCUGCCGCUGAAUCUACUCCUGCUAAGGGUGGUAACGCGUCUAUCGGAGGUGAUCUAAUGGCGGACCUACACGCGAAGCUUUCGAUGCGACGGCGGGGGAUAUCGGGCGCCGAGCGCUCCAGAGGCGGAUCCGUGCUUCACACACUGGCGAGCGUCAUCCCCGAGCCCGGAGACCAGUCCUCGCCGCAGCGCUCCUCCAGCGAAGAUGACUGGGACUGAACCAACUGAACCGACCGAACCUGUGCUAGUAUGACGUAUUUCAGCACGAGUUCCAUCUAAUUCGACUGGAAAUAAUGUCACUGUGAUAAGUAAUAAGAUUCGUUGCAAUAGGUGUUCGUUUCGAAGUCCUGUCCGAUGAAAUUGAGGGCUUUCAGCAAAAAAUUUAAAUUUCGUCGAAAAUAAAGCGGGUAAAAUAGAAGGAAACAAUUAAGUGUUACUGUUAAUUUUGAUUUUAUUGUGAUUGACUGUCGACUACUUUUAUCUUUUCAGCUUUUAUUUUCUUUUGUAUCUUUUAAUAAGUUUCUUUAUAAAAUUAAAUAAGUUUACAAUA